GCGGUGGCCGGGAUUUCGGGCCUUCACGGAACGCCAGGGUCAGGUGCGCAGUGGGUGACGUCAUCGCGCCGGGCCGCGCCAGUCGCGCCGCUUCGCCAAAGACGGGUGACGUCAGCAUGUGUUUGUGUGACGUCACCGCUGGAGCGGGCCUGCGCUGCGCGGUGGCGUCACCGCUGAGCCAAUGUGCUCGACACGGCAGCGGGAGGCGGGCAGUUGGGUUCGGAUCCUCGUGUGGUGCGGUCGGGUGCAUUGGAGCUCUUACAGCCUGCCCUGACGAACCAGGACCAGGAUUAGAAGCGAACUGCAGCGGAGAAGAAACGGGUUUUGAUAUCGAGUCUUUCUGGCAGCAGCCAAUCUAUACCAGCUAAUACAGAAUUCCGUCCAUGAUGGUGACCGAGGGCAUCUUCGGCACAGUCCAGUACGGGGACAUGAAGGUGCGGUACGCCCCCGCGCCCCAGGUCAACGGGUACUACUACCAACCGCCGAGCGGCCAGGAGAGCAAGGAGCGCCUUCCGGUGCCGCCACUAGAGGCGCUGCAGACCCCAGCGCCGCAGGAGGCCAACGGCGGACCUCGCAAGCAGCGUGAAUUCACCAAGGACACGCGCAAGGAUGACAGCUACUGGGACCGCCGGCGGCGCAACAACGAGGCGGCCAAGCGGAGCCGCGAGAAGCGCCGCUUCAACGACAUGAUCCUGGAGACGCGUGUGGCGGAGCUCACCCGCGACAACUACCUGCUGCGCGCCCAGCUCAACACCAUCCGCGACAAGUUCGGCAUCAUCGGCGAGAACCACAUCAACCAGGAGGAGGUGCUGGCGCAGAUGCCCACCAUGGACCGCAUCCUGGGCUUCAGCAAGCGGCCCAAGUCGCUGGCGCCGGCCAGCCUGCUGCGGCUGAGCAGCGCCACGGCUGCGACUCAGGCCCCGCUGCUGGCUGCCGCCCACCAGUUCCGGCCGGUGACGCCGCCGUCGGCGCCGGCCGCGCCCGCCGGCCACGAGCCCAACCCGUUCGUCUACCGGCAGCAGUCGCUGCGCGAGCCGCGCGCCGAGCCGGCCGUGCCGGAGCAGUGGCGGCCGCGCUCCGCCGACUCGGCGCGCCUGACGCCCGACUUCACGGCCGCCGUCAACCUGACCAAGGCGGCGGCCGAGCCGGCGGCCGAGCGGGCCGGCUCUCCCGAGCAGCGGCUGCCGCUGAAGCUGCGCCACAAGCCGCGUCUGGGCGCCGUCGCCGUCGUCAAGGAGGAGCCGCACGACUCGGCCUCUUCUGGGGACGAGCGCGACUCGGGCCUCUCGGACCGGUCCGACGGCGCCGCCUCGCCGGCCGCCAAGCGGAGGCGCUCCGAGGAGCCGCCCGCCCAGAGCGCGCCGCAGAUCCGCAGCCAGCUGGAGCGGCUCUCCAUGGAGGUGGCCACGCUGCGCUCGCUGCUGGGACAGAACGGCGAGGCCGCCGCCGCCGGCGCCCCCACCACCACCGCCGUCUAAACUCGGCCAGAGAAGAGCUCGGCCGGUGGUAGCCACUAUUCUUACCGAUGUGAUGUGUAAACUCGCUUUGCUGGGAUGCGUCAACAGCGCCUCAAUGAUCCAUACUAGGCUCGGGCGGGUCAAGUGGCAAGGUGUCCCACGUACAACUCCCGCCGGGGACUGCGCUCCAGCACUGGCCGUGACGGUUCGUCAGGCGACGGUCCGUCACUUCCCCUGUUAAUGAGCUGCCAAACGGGCUGUCACGCGCUGUCAGCCCUCCUGCUGGCGGGCCGCGGGCCGCUGAUCAGUGCUGCCCGCUCGCUAUGUGCUCUGUUGCUGUUGGUUGUGUGCUGGUCGGUGCUCGCCGCCUCUCGGGCGGUGGCAGUGCAGCCAGCGAGAGGUCCCACUCUCAACGGAAGGGUGCUGGGCCUGUGUGAGCUCGAAUGUGCUGCUGUUACUGUUAUAUUGGAAGAAGUUCAAAUGUUCUUUCAUGUAUGAUAUUGCAUGGAGGUGUAUUUCUGCGAUCAUAUCAAAAUUGAUGUUAUAUUUUGCUAUGUUAUGAGAUGUCUUGCAGUUGGCUGUUACGUUUGCUCUUGUGAACCUAUGUAACAAUAUCAAGCUGUGUUGGUGUUUUGUACUAAGUGUUAUAAGAGAAGAAUUUGCGAAAAAUAUAUGCUGUGAGACAUUCA